GUUAGUGAUGGAAAAUGGCGGCUAGACGAGUCCGCUCACACCAACAGUGAAAACAAAACAGCACACAAAAAAGUCAAGGAGAAACUGUGGAUGCAUACCAGGGACGACAAAGGCUCUUCUUAGACUUUUACUAAAUUAUUCUGUUCAUGAGAAUGUCGCGUUGGGUUCCCACGAAAAAGGAAAAGUAUGGAGUUGCUAUCUAUAACUAUGAUCCACGCAGUGACGAGGAGCUGUCACUGCAGAUUGGAGACACAGUACAUAUACUGGAGACCUAUGAAGGUUGGUAUAGGGGAAACAGGUUGAGGAGAAAGUCAAAGAAGGGUAUAUUUCCAGCCUGCUACAUACAUCUAAAAGAGGCCACAGUUGAAGGCAGUGGGCCCAAGGAGACAGUCAUUCCCACAGAGUUGCCUUUAGUGCAUGAGGUCACCACCACUUUGCGGGAAUGGGCUUCGAUAUGGAGGGAUCUGUAUGUGGGUGACAAGCGUGAGAUGUUUAAUACUGUUCGUGACAUGCUCUAUGAUCUCAUCGAGUGGCGGUCUCAGAUUCUGUCAGGAACUCUUCCACAGGACGAACUCUCGGAGCUCAAGCAGAAAGUCACCUCCAAAAUCGACUAUGGAAACAAGGUUCUAGAUCUUGACCUGGUGGUGAGGGAUAAAGAUGGGAACAUUUUGGAUCCAGACCUUACCAGCACCAUCAGCUUGUUUAGAGCGCAUGAGGCCGCAUCCAGACAGAUCGAAGAACGCAUCCAAGAGGAGAAGUCGCAGAAGCAGAACCUGGAUCUGAGCAGACAGGCCAAGUUUGCCUCCACGCCAUCUUUUGCUCUUUUUGUGACACUGAAGAAUGUAGUGUGUAAGAUUGGGGAGGAUGCUGAGGUGCUCAUGUCUCUCUACGACCCGAUUGAAUCGAAGUUUAUCAGUGAAAACUAUCUGGUCCGGUGGUCCAGCUCAGGCCUGGUCAAGGACAUCGAUCAGCUUCACAAUCUGAGAGCCGUAUUCACAGACCUUGGCAGCGAAGACCUUAAGAGGGAGAAAAUCAGUUUUGUCUGUCAGAUUGUCCGGGUGGGGCGCAUGGAACUGCGGGACAAUAACACUAAAAAGCUGACAUCCGGACUUCGACGGCCCUUUGGAGUGGCAGUAAUGGAUGUCACUGACAUCAUCACAGGCAAAAUGGAUGAUGAGGACAAGCAGCACUUCAUCCCCUUUCAGCCGCUUGCGCUGGAUGACGCCAUCCGCCACAGGCAGCUGAACAUCUCCCGUUUUUCACCCAGGGUGGCGGGGGAGAGUGACUUCCUCCAGAGUGUCAUCAACAAAGUCAUCGCUGCUAAAGAGGUCAAUCACAAGGGUCAAGGGCUGUGGGUCACACUGAAGCUGCUGCCUGGUGAUAUCCAUCAGAUCCGGAAGGAUUUCCCUCACCUAGUAGACCGUUCCACUGCUGUCGCUCGAAAAAUGGGCUUUCCUGAGAUAAUCAUGCCAGGUGAUGUCCGUAAUGACAUCUAUGUGACCCUGGUCCAGGGAGAUUUUGAUAAGGGCAGUAAGACCACGCCCAAAAACGUGGAGGUGACCAUGUCAGUGUAUGAUGAGGACGGCAAGAGAUUAGAGAAUGUGAUCUUCCCUGGUGCUGGAGAUGAAGGGAUUUCAGAGUACAAGUCUGUCAUUUACUAUCAGGUCAAACAGCCACGCUGGUUUGAGACCAUCAAGGUGGCAAUACCCAUAGAGGAUGUAAACAGGAGUCAUCUUCGCUUCACUUUCAAACAUCGCUCGUCUCAGGACUACAAAGAUAAAUCGGAGAAGAUCUUUGCUUUGUCUUUUGUGAAGCUGAUGAGAUAUGAUGGCACAACACUCAGGGAUGGAGAACAUGAUCUCAUCGUCUACAAGGCGGAGGCUAAGAAGCUGGAGGAUUCAUCACUGUAUCUGAACCUGCCAGCCACCAAGCUGGAGAUGGAGGAGAAGGGCCAUUUCCCCACAGGCAAGAGCACGCCGACCCUGGGCAACUGCACCAUCAGCAAGGACUCCUUCCAGAUCGCCACACUGGUCUGCUCCACCAAGCUCACACAGAAUGUGGAUUUGCUUGGUCUGUUGAAAUGGCGCUCCAACACCAGCUUGCUCCAGCAGAACCUUCGCCAGCUCAUGAAGGUGGAUGGAGGAGAGGUGGUCAAGUUUUUGCAGGACACCUUGGAUGCUUUGUUUAACAUUAUGAUGGAAAACUCUGACAGUGACACGUUUGACACGCUGGUCUUUGAUGCCUUGGUGUUCAUUAUUGGGCUGAUAGCGGACAGAAAGUUUCAUCAUUUUAAUCCCGUUCUGGAGACCUACAUCCGGAAACACUUCAGUGCCACUCUGGCUUACACGAAACUGACAAAAGUUCUGAAGAACUAUGUGGACCAUGCAGAGAAGUUGACGGAUCAGCUGCUGAAGGCGAUGAAGGCUCUGGAGUACAUCUUCAAAUUCAUUGUGCGAUCACGGGUCCUCUUUAACCAGCUCUAUGAGAAUAAGGGGGAGGCAGAUUUCAUGGAAUCACUGAGGAAUCUCUUCACCUCCUUCAGCACCAUGAUGAACAGCGACGCAGAGACCACCAGCAUGGUCAAGGGUGCAGCGUUGAAAUAUGUUCCUACCAUUGUCAAUGACGUCAAACUGGUCUUUGACCCCAAGGAGCUCAGUAAACUGUUCACUGAGUUCAUUCUGAAGGUGCCACCGGGCCGCUUGGUCAAGCAGAAGCUCUACUGCAUGAUCGACAUCGUCCACAGCGAUCUCUUCACCCAGCAUGACUGCAGAGAGAUCCUGCUGCCGCUGAUGACGGAUCAGUUGAAAUUUCACUUGGAGCAGCAUGAGGAGCUGGAGGCUUGUUGCCAGCUGCUCAGCAACAUACUGGAGGUGCUAUACAGGAGUGAUGUGGGUCCCACUCAGUGGCAUGUUCAGAUCAUUAUGGAGAAGCUGUUGAGGACAGUAAACAGAACCGUGAUCUCACUGGGACGUGACUCUUCUCUCAUAGGCAGUUUUGUGGCGAGCAUGACGGCCACACUCCGGCAAAUGGACGAUUAUCACUACACUCACCUGAUUAACACCUUUGGCAAGAUGAGGACGGACGUAGUGGACUUCUUAAUGGAAACAUUUAUCAUGUUCAAAGACCUCAUUGGAAAGAAUGUCUACCCUGCUGACUGGGUCAUCAUGAACACAAUGCAGAACAAAGUCUUCCUGCGAGCCAUCAAUCAAUACGCCGCUGUGCUGAACAAGAAGUUCCUGGACCAGACGAGCUUUGAGCUUCAGCUCUGGAAUAACUACUUCCACCUGGCUGUGGCCUUCCUUACCCAGGAGUCUUUGCAGCUGGAGAACUUCUCAAGUGACAAACGAGCAAAGAUCUUUCACAAGUAUCAGGACAUGAGGCGGCAGAUUGGCUUUGAAAUCCGGGACAUGUGGUACAACCUGGGUCCACACAAAAUCAAAUUUAUCCCAGAGAUGGUGGGGCCAAUCCUGGAGAUGACCCUGGUGCCGGAGAUUGAGCUACGCAAAGCUACUAUACCCAUCUUUUUUGACAUGAUGCAGUGCGAGUUUCAUUUCACUCGCAGCUUUCAAAGGUUUGAAAAUGAGAUCAUCACGAAGCUGGAUCACGAGGUCGAGGGAGGCAGGGGAGACGAGCAGUACAAAAUCCUCUUCCAGAAAAUCCUGUUGGAGCACUGCAGAAAGCACAAGUACCUGGCGAAGAGCGGGGAGAACUUUGUGAGUCUGGUGGUUCGUCUCCUGGAGCGUCUGCUGGACUACAGGACCAUCAUGCAUGAUGAGAACAAAGAGAACCGCAUGAGCUGCACAGUCAACGUGCUGAAUUUCUACAAGGAGAUUGAGAGGGAAGAAAUGUAUAUCAGGUACCUGUAUAAGCUGUGUGACCUGCAUAAGGAGUGUGACAACUACACAGAGGCUGCCUACACUCUACUGCUGCAUGCCAAGCUUCUGAAGUGGUCAGAGGAGGCCUGCGCAGCUCACUUGACCCAGAGAGAUGGUUACCAGGCGAACACUCAAGGCCAGCUCAAGGACCAGCUCUACCAGGAGAUUAUCAACUACUUCGACAAGGGCAAGAUGUGGGAGGAGGCUAUUAUUCUGGGAAAGGAGCUGGCUGAACAGUACGAGAACGAGAUGUUCGACUUUGAGCAGCUGAGUGCUUUACUGAGGAAGCAGGCACAGUUCUAUGAGAACAUAGUUAAGGUGAUCAGACCAAAACCGGACUACUUUGCUGUGGGUUAUUAUGGACUGGGCUUCCCUUCCUUCCUCAGGAACAAGAUGUUUAUCUACCGUGGAAAGGAGUAUGAGAGGAGGGAGGAUUUUGAAGCCAGGCUGCUCACGCAGUUCCCCAAUGCUGAGAAGAUGAAGACCACCACUGCUCCCAGCGAGGACCUCCGCCUGUCCUCCGGCCAGUAUAUUCAGUGUUUCACGGUGAAACCUAUACUUGAGCUCCCUCCAAAGUUCCAGAACAAGCCUGUGCCUGAACAGAUUGUCAGCUUUUACACGAUAAACGAAGUCAAUAAGUUCCAGUACUCCAGACCCGUCCGCAAAGGGGAGAAAGAUCCAGACAAUGAAUUUGCAAAUAUGUGGAUUGAAAGAACCACAUAUGUAACAGCCUACAAGCUCCCUGGUAUCCUCCGUUGGUUUGAGGUUUUGUCCAUGUCCACGGAAGAGAUCAGUCCUCUGGAGAAUGCCAUGGAGACAAUGCAGCUGACCAAUGAAAAGAUCAACAACAUGGUCCAGCGCCAUCUCAAUGAUCCAAACCUUCCCAUCAACCCCCUCUCUAUGCUCCUCAAUGGCAUUGUGGAUCCUGCUGUCAUGGGUGGAUUCGCUAACUAUGAGAAGGCGUUCUUCACAGACAAGUACAUCCAGGAGCAUCCUGAGGACCAGGAAAAGAUUGACAAGCUGAAAGACCUUAUCGCCUGGCAGAUCCCAUACCUGGCCGAAGGUGUUCGCAUCCACGGUGAGAAAGUAACGGAGGCAUUACGGCCAUUCCAUGAGCGUCUGGAAGCAUGCUUCAGACAGCUGAAAGAGAAAGUGGAGAAACAGUAUGGUGUGAGAACACUGCCUCCGAUGGCGGAUGAGCGUCGCGGUUCUCGGCCACGGUCGAUGGUGCGCUCCUUCACCAUGCCUUCCUCUCAGAGACCACUGUCUGUCGCCUCCGUCACAUCCAUAUCAUCAGACACAUCGCCCUCAAGACCAGGAUCUGAUGGCUUUGCCCUGGAGCCACUCUUGCCCAAAAAGCAGCACUUCAAGUCUCAGGACAAGCUGGACCGGGAUGAGCCCGAGAAAGACAAGAAGGAGAAGAAGAAAGAGAAAAGGAACAGCAAGCACCAAGAGAUUUUCGACAAGGAGCUGAAAACCACUGACAUACCCAUGCAGCCCACUGAGGCAGUUAUUCUGUCAGAGACGAUCAGUCCACUGAGGCCCCAGAGACCAAAGAGUCAGGUCAUAAACCUGGCAGGGGAGAAAAGGCUCUCUGUGUCCCCAGGCCCUACUGUUCCUCAAACUGCUUCAUCUGCCCCUCCACCCAUCACCCCCAGGGUCAAGCUCUCCUUUAGUAUGCUCUCUUCCUCCAAUCUAGAGUUGAAUGGGAUGGGCUAUGGAGAUAAGGGGGAGAUUCCACCUCCUCUACCAAUCAAAAGCAGCAUGGGUGACUAUGGAAACCUGAUGGACAGCCAAGAACUGGCCAGCCCAACCACACCUCCUCCCCCUCCUCCUCAUCAGAGGCACAUGCCCCCGCCAUUGCCAAGUAAGACCCCUCCUCCACCUCCUCCGAAAACCACACGGAAACAGGCAUCCAUCGACUCAGGGAUUGUCCAGUGAGCCUCACAGCUUAAACGACAGAAUAAAUUCCAGCGGAAACCUCAGUAGUCCCCCCCAGAGACUUGGCUUGGAUGAUUUUGAAUCGCCCUCUCUGACAGUGUGACAGAAUGAAGAGUUCAUCGUCCUCUCUCAUAAUCGUCACGCUGAAGGAGCCGACCUGUCCAGGGACUCUGUCUCUCACCCACUCAUUAUUAGUCAAAGCCUCAUCCCAGGUGUCAGUGCUAGGUACAAUAUAUGAUCUAUUUCACACCUCUGCUGGCUUGUAAAAUGAAAUGGUCUUGUGAAGCAUGUGGCUACAAUGAACAAAUCAAGACUUGGCUCACCCAGCUUCAGAAUGCGGGACUUCUGCAGAUAGCCCAGCCAAUUUGUCAGCCUGCAGUUCUAGAUUGUCAUUCCAAUUUUUCGACCAGAGUCGAGAUGAGUCUAGAUUUAUUGAGUCUUGCCUUUUUUUUUCUUUCUUCUCAGCCUUAUGACCAAGAUGUAUGACCAACUCAUACCACUCUCCAAAGCUGAGGGGUUGUUACAUAAUCAGAAUCCUUUAAUAUUUUUCCACCUUCUUAAAUGCAAUUU